GAUGGGCCUUUUGAGGUUCUAAGAAGAGACAAGAUAGUUGCCUGACAAGCUAUUCCAUCGCUUUAGUCUGCACAGAGACAGGGCAUAAACUGCACGCUGAAAAAUUGUGUCUACGCAAGUUCUAUUUCCAAGGUGCCAAGGACCACCCCACCAGCCAGUUAUGGUGCCACCCCGCUGUUUGGUCAACAUGCUGCUGGCUGGUCUGAUCCUCGUCUCCUGGGCAACUGCUGUGACCUGCUCUACACUUGACGGAGUCUACUUUACUGAAAAAGAACUUGAUUUCGAAACCAGAACAAAAAUAGAAAGCGGCCUAAACACCGCAAAAGAGAUUGUGAGUGUAGUGACAGAAAAUUUGUCAAAAAAAGAAAGCCUGGAGACAGUCACAGGUCUCAUGAAGGGCCUGUCCAAAUUCGCCAGUGCCGUGCCCUUUAUAGGACCUGCAUUUGCAGUUAUCAACAUGGUGAUGUUGUUUGUUCCCCAGCAUGAUCCAGUGUUGAGGGAGGUCAAGGCUGGCUUCAGAGAGGUCAACAGGAAGCUGGACUCCCUGUCCUUGCAGGUGUCCAACCUGGCGACAGAUGUAGAGUGGUACAACUAUGCCAGUGUCUAUUCUCAAGAUGAAGUGCGCAUUCUUAGUGCCUGGAAUAAGUAUGAAGAGUUUUUUAGAGAUCACAAUUUGAAUGAGAUUAACUACUUGGCUAAAGUCUUCGUCAACUACUAUGAAUACACACAAGUGGAAUCCAGUGUGGAUAGCCUGUACCAUUAUUUGACAGUAGAGGGCACAGCUCUUAGUGGGAACCUCAACAACCUGCUACGCAAAAAGUUUAAAUGUGACCUUAAGAAAAUACUCAACUAUAACCUGUACUUUAAUAGUUUAUUGAUGAAGGGCAUAACACUUCAUAAUUUCUACUGGAACCUGAUCGGUUAUAAGACCACAGACAAACUUGAAGAAGAUAAAAAGAUGUUCAAGAACGUCUUUUCAGCUCAAUCAAAAGUUGUGGAUUCCUGUCUAGAAGAUCACAUGGACUAUGUGAAAGAGGAUGUAGUGGAGAAAGCCAAAUUGGUCAGUUAUGACAACCUUCAGGGUAUUGCUGACAAGGUGAAAGGGUUUCUGGACAAUAAGUAUGACUUUUAUAAGUGGGUUGUGUUGGCUUACAAGUCAUCUAAAGAAACUUACAAGUUUUUAGAAGUGUUUGACACUAUGACUAAGAUCCCAAUCGACAAUGACCUCACUAUGGCCAUAGCUUACAUUCAGAAGGCAGAUAUUCCAGAGGCAGAUCUUAAUAAUCUGGAAAUAGCCCUCACCAGAUGCCCAAUUGGUGGAUGUGUUGGUUGCUUAAUGCUAAAUGAAGAUUCUUCUUAUAACUAUUUGGGGCACGAAUUUACAAUGAAUGUUGUAGAGUACGCGAAAAGAACACAUGCCACAUAUGACAAAAAUGAUUUUGCAGAAAACCCGACCGCUAACCUAACUUUAGAAUGUCGGAUUGAUGGCUCUGAAUACAAAACUGCUAUCUAUUACUCCAGGACAUUGUCUCCCUGCGAUGGACCCGAUACAAAAUGCCAAAAUGAUGGGACAUGCAAGAGGCUGCUAGACUCCCCUGAUGCUCUGUGUGAGUGUCAAGAUGGAUUCUAUGGAGACACGUGUGAGACAAAAGUCGACACUGAAAUCCUUCUGGACGUUUUGAAAUUACCCCUGUCUACUGUCACGCCCACAGGUGUCCGGCUCGCAGACAUUGAGUCCAAACUGAACGAAAUUUUAGCCAAACUACCGUCCUAAGUCCAUCGUCAGACUCAGCAUUAGUUCUGGCCAGGUCAUAGCUGCUUCUGAUCUGCUUCAGGAGCAAGGUUGCCAGAUGUGUUAUUUCCAUCUCAAUGCAUUCUCAAAAACCACCUGGAGGCACUAAAUCCCACCCAAUUUGAACUAAAUUUGAUUAAUUUCUAUGGCCAUAUAGAGCCACCUGCAGAUGGCCAUGCUAAACAGCACACACAGCUGGGCAGAAAAUCUGGCAACCCUGUUCUGAAGUCUUACAUUAGGAAAUGAACUCCUCAUUUCUGACUGGUCACAUUCAAACUAGCCGACUUUCUUAAAUUAGUUCUCCCACCAGCUCACAGUUGCAUGCUUCUUUGAAACCCAUCACCCCAGCUCCAGCUUGUUAUGGCUUACAUUGACAUAGCCUACUCUGCCAUGUUGCUUGCUCUGUUGAUGGGGGCAGUUUGCUCUCCUCAUCUGAAAUUGGGCAAGCAUCCCCUCAUACUGCUGCUAUGCAAACAGAGCCAUACCUCAAAAAACAAUUUCAUUGCUUAUUCAAUAAAGAAACUGCGUUCCGAA